GAGCUGAUGGUGGCCACAUCCCAGCUGCGCCUGAUGCUGGACAUCUCUUGCUUGGUGGAAGCCACCUUCUCAGUCUGGGUGAUGGAUACGUCAGAUGUGUUGCCUUGAUGCAGUCGCAGCUGUGGAUGGAGAUGCCCCUGGGUCUGAGGCUCAAUGGCCAGGAUCGUCCCACGGAAAGACGCUCCCGGCACUGGCAUCUUCCGGAAGAGGCAUGGAGACUUCGUGGUCCGCUCUGACCUGGGCUGCUACUUGCGGACAGAGCGUCUGGAGACUGGACGCUGCAUCGAGAUCCGGGGCCUGCACCCCUCGUGCCAGGGUGGGGAUCACUACCUGGGCUCUGAGAGGGACCCCAAUAUCUACAUCAUCAAGGGUGACUCCUACCGGGUGGUACAGGACCUGAGCACAGAUGAAGGAGCUCGGGUCUACGAGCUGCAUCCCAAUUGCCGUGGCGGGGACCACUACAUGAAACGCGCUGACCUCUUCUUCAUCCUCUUCUUUGGCCAGGGGGUUGUGCGUAGUGUGUGCGAUUUAAGCACAGACUCCGGGGGUGAAGACAUCCCGCUCCAUCCCCAGUGCUGCCUGGGGCUAUAUUACUUUGGCAUUGGGAGCUACUGGGCAUUGGUCACGGUGGACCAAAGAUGGGGAGCUCAGUUCCACCUCUACAAGAGUUUUAUCAACGCCAACUUGGCUGCAGUCUACUCCAUCCACCCUGACUUGGUGAGUUUCCUUCCUGGGGGGCUGGCCCUAACCAGGGGCCCCUCCUUCAGCGGGUGGGAGUGCAUCAAAACUCUCUCCAAUGACUCGGACACCCCCAUCACCUGGACUCAUGUCGUGGCCCGGAAGGUGGGUUUUGCCAAGGAGAAGGUGGCCAGCGUCGGGCGCAACUGGAACGUGGAGGCUUCUGCCUCACUCGGGGCCGGGGAGCUGACGGCGGCUGUCGUCAAGGCCCAGUUCUCCCUCUCGGCCCAGUACGGCGGGAGCAGUGUCAAGACGGAGAAGGAGGACUGGACUGAAGCCCGGGAGGAAGAGGAGACCUUCCAGGCUACCCUGGAGCCCAAACAGAGCCUCUACGUGUGGCAGUACCGUCUCGGCCUGGGCCAGGAGCCCAUCUUGUUCUGUCGGGACAUCAAGUUCACCAAAGAUCCCACCCCGCCUGCCACCAUCCCGCUGCCCCAGUUUUAAGACUAUCUUGAGGUGGCCCAACCAGCAUUGGCCAGGACCUUCUUGUGCAUCCACGUGGUACAUCAUCAUCCUCUAGCAGUUGUUGGGUCACAGCUAGGC